CGCUUCUCCCAGGAGUGCUUUCUCAUCCCUCUUUAUUUAGAGACAGGCUCCUCCCCUUCUUCCUUUCUUCCUCGCCCUCCCUCGCUCGCUCUUGUUCACUCUCUCCCCCUCCCUCCUUCUGGAUCGCUCCAUCCGUGGUCCAGAGCUCAGUGGCGGUGUAUCUCUCUGUCAUAAGGGGCAGCUUCAUUCUCUCCUGCAGGAUGUCGGGCCCUCACACUAGCUCCAUACUGCUCCUCUUCUGCGUGGCUUUCCUCCAGAGUCCGCUGCUGGAGGCCAAGCCUCUCUCUGCCAUGCAUGGGGGCGGAACUGCACGCCUUCGUCGUGACCUGCGUGAUGCACUGCCUUACGAGGCUCAGAUGAUGUCAUACCCUCCUGCUGGCUUCAGUGGGCGGGGCAACGAUCUGUACUACCAGCCAGAGGCCUUGAGAGCACAGGGGUUGGGCCACGCCGUGCAUCGCCUGGAGAACGACCAGAGGCAGGAGCAGGAAGCGGCCUACCUGGCAGGUCUACUGCGCCUCCUGAGCGAGGCAGAGAAAAACGGCCAAGUGAGACCAGAGGAAGAGGAAGAGCAGGUGGAAGGUGACUUCCAGGAGUCGUACCCUCCAGACUAUGACGAGACAGAGCAGACAGUGAACAUGGCGAAACCCCAGGCACUGCUGGACCCACAGCUCACUGAGGCUCUGCUCAACCGCUACAGGCAGGAGAGGAUGCUUCAAGCAGGGCAGGACCGAGACCAGGAGGUGCUCCGGUACCUGGUGGAGAAGGUCCUCUCGAGUCUGGUAUCUGAGAACCAGCUGAACCCAUCCAACCGCCGAGGCAAAUGGGAAGUGGCAGCAGCAGCCAGCAUCGGACGUGACAGAGCUACGCCUCCGAGACGAGCUAGGCGCUCUCUGGACUCCGACCCCAUUGCCUCCCCUGAUGCCGAGGCCUCGCUCCUGCGGGUGAAGCGAGUGGGUGAUCAAGACCACGAUGAUUUUACUGGUCAGAACAACCGGUCUCCCCAUGCUGGCCUGCAGAGGAUGAAGCGCAUCGACACAGAUCUGCCUCCACCUGCAAAGAGCAGCCGCAAACGCCGCUCAGUGACCUACGACCCCGAGCUCAUCGCUCAGCACAUCAUCCAGUACCUGAGAAAGUGAGAGAGAGAGCGAGAGGGAAAGAGAAGAAGACAGAAAGAUUGCAACAGUUCACAUGCUGACAGAUAUAUGCGAGAACUCACUGUUAACUGCUUAUGUCUGGCGAACCAAUGUAUCUGCUUCAGCGCUAUAAUAAAAUCCUAAACACAUUCAA